GGCUUAGUAGUAAAUUAAAUAAUAACCUUUAAGUAAUACUCUUUAUACACUUAUUAAUUGAUAAGUAUCAUUAAUAAUAAUUAUGUUAAUAACAACUUUGUUUUUAAAUCAUGUAGUAUGAUAUAACCACGAGCAUGUAAUCUUAUAAAAACCCUUGUAUAUUAUAAGAAGAAUACAAGCGUUAUUUUAAACAUUUAUCAUGUUAGUACGCCAAACAAGUAGAAAAUGUUUUUUUGUAUCAAGAAAUAUUAGCAGUAAGUUAAUAUCGUCAAGUAAAAUAAACACUAAAUCAUAUUUUAAUUUCUUUUUCAAUACAAUUUUUGAUUUUCAACGCAAAAAUAUUCAUUUACAUCAUCGUUUGUAUACUGAUUGGGAUUAUUCAAAAGAACAUGGUCCAGAACGUUGGCAAGACACAUGGCAACUUAAAAAUUAUCAAUCUCCAAUUAAUAUUGUCACACAAAGUGUUGAAUAUGACAAUAAUCUAAAACCUUUAGAAAUAAUGAGAAAACCUAUAAACAUUCAUGUAAGAAAUCUUGGUUUCAAUAUUUCAUUUUUAGCUGAUGAUCUUAAAAGCCUUGUGUUACGUGGAGGUCCAUUGAAUUAUAAUUAUGCAUUCAGAGAAUUGCACUUUCACUGGGGAGAAGUGGUCAAAAAUCAGUGCAAUUUAGGUUGUGAGCAUUCUUUUGAUGAUAAAAGAUAUGCCGCUGAAUUGCAUCUUGUCCAUUGGAAUACAGAUUUGUACGAAACUGAUUUACAAGCAUUAAGAUCCAAGGAUGGCAUUACUGUUCUUGGAGUAAUGAUAGAUGCUAGUGACUCAUAUGAACCAAAUAAAGAGUUUAAUGUAAUUAUUGAUGCUUUUAAAAAAGUAUUGUAUCCUCAUGAUAAGCAUAUGAUAAAUAUAUCACCAUAUUUCCUAUUUCCUUCUCGUGUUGAAAAUUACUAUACAUACUGUGGUUCUCUAACUAUUCCUCCAUUAAGUGAAAAUGUAACAUGGGUAUUGUUUCCAGACCCAAUUCAGAUUUCACUUGAUCAGCUCAAAAGUUUAAAUAUUACUUAUUCGGUUGACCCAAACAGCAACAGCAAACCAAUUCAUUUAACUUCCGAUGGAUCUCCAAUUAUUACUAAUAAUUCUCGACCAGUCCAACCUUUGAAUAAUAGAGUUGUGAGAUCAUCAUUUAAGAGUUUGAUUUAAUUUAUUAAUGUGUGAUAUUGUAUUUUGAAGAGUUAAAACAAUAUAUUUAGUAUGUUUUGUGACAAAAUGUUUGUGUAAAGAUUUUCUCCAACCUCCAGCAGCUUUAAUGGUUUAACACAACAUUAAUUUGUUAUUGCUCUGUUGUUUUAUGAACAUCGAGUAUAUAUAUAUAUAU